UUCUGAGUUAUGGCCACAGCUCUGCCAUCUACGGCAUGACACGCAAUAAAGAUUCAACCGCAACCUCGUCUCCUUCAGCUUCGGCGCCCCUUAUUAGUCCAAUCCUUCAGGAGGAGCGACUUCGACACCUUCACUCGCCGCAUGGCCUCCGAUGAGGCCUGGAAGGACGCCUGGCGAACCGCCAACGAUGGCUUUGAGCAAUUCGUUUUCGAAGCUAAAAAGACCGCUGAACGAUUAGACCUCCAGUACUCCAUUUCCCGCCAACUUUCCUCAGUCGUCCAAUCGGCUAUGAACCGUGCUCGUGAAAUUGACCGGGAGUUCGAGAUUGGACUACGUUGUCGGACUUUUUCUAUGAAUUUUAGCAGAAAUUGGCCUAGGUACAGGAAGCAGCUGGAUGAUUUCUUGGAUACUUCACUGGGAAGAAGUUCUGCUGUAAGUAAAAUUUGGUAUAGUUUCAAUUACAUUGCGUUGCUAAUUCUGGAAAAAAAAUUCAUAGAGCAAAAGAUGUAA